CUGUAAUGCUGUUCGGUCUGGAGAAUGAGGAAGGAUAUUAGCAAGUCUCAAGCAUUACUGAAAACCACCCAGAAGAACUAAGAAAACAAAAUUAAACAAUGUUUUUCCUACCUUUCAACACAAAUCUACACCUGGAAGAAGAACCCUUUCUCUGACUCUUCUGUUCAUCUGAGAACAAAAAUUUACCUUAAGGACAAAAAAUGAGGCAAGAAAAAGAGGGGACAGUUGAUAUCCCAGACAGCUCUAUUCAAGUUUAUGAAUGAUUUACACUUAAGGGUGGCAGGACUUAAUGCAAAUGAACGAGGAGGAAACUGUCAGCUGCAUCGUGGUUCAACCAAUAGAAGCACAGCUCCAUCUUGGAUGUGCACUGGACUGCAUUACAAACAGACGAUACCAUCGCUUCAACAGCAGCCUUCAGACAAGAGAUUCAAAAGAACCAAUAUAAGAAGUAUAAUCCCUAAGAAUGGCCUCUCUGAGUUCCAGCCUCUGGAAUGAAACCACUACAUCUGUUUAUCAGUACCUUGGUUUUCAAGUUCAAAAAAUUUACCCUUUUCAUGAUAACUGGAACACUGCCUGCUUUGUCAUUCUGCUUUUAUUCAUAUUUACAGUGGUAUCUUUAGUGGUGUUGGCUUUUCUUUAUGAAGUGCUUGACUGUUGCUGCUGUGUAAAAAACAAGACUGUGAAAGACUUGAAAAGUGAACCAAACCCUCUUAGAAGUAUGAUGGACAACAUCAGAAAACGUGAAAUUGAAGUCGUCUAGCACUCUACCUAAGAUGAACAAAAUCUCUGCAAAUAGCCUUCAACUACUGAAGAAAAAAGGAAAAUUUUCUGAGGCCAACUGUUAUUAUAAAACUGACUCUUG